AUGGGAUUUGUGCGCUGUUUAUCGUAUGCCAUCGCACCAGGGGCAAGUUUUGUCAUUUAUUCAAACUUUAACUGUCUGUUUCUCUAUUAUCACAAUAUCUGCGGCUUUCGUUGUCACAGCUUAUCUAUCUCACUCUCCACAAAUCUAUCUAUCUAUCUAUCUAUCUAUCUAUCUAUCUAUCACAAUCUGAUCGAUUUCAGCCGCUAUACUUUUACUGUUUCUAAUUUAAUCUAUUUUGCACUCGUGUUACCGAAGAAGAAUGUCAGCAUAUUGGCAACCGAGUGCUCAUUUACUAUAAAUGACGAUACCUCUGAGGUUAGUGCGUUUAAAGUUCAUAUAUUUAUCUUGUUCGCUCUCUAUCUCUCAUCUCACUCUCUUUCUCUCUCUGUUCCUUUCGUUUCUUUUCUCACAGUAUUCUUAAAACCACUUUCGUCUCUUUCUUUUUUUCUCUCUCCACACUUUCUUGCUUUCUCUUUCUCCAGUUUCUCUUUUUCUGGCGCUCCCCUUCCUUUGCCUUCAAUCUUCCCCAAUAUGCAUGAACACCGUAUCCCACAAAUACCUCUCUAUCGUAGUCUCUUCCGUCCUUCUGAUAUGUUUAAUGCAAUCUGUUCUCGCCUUAUCUUUACGUCAAGCCGCCAAUAUGGCCAGUCAAAAACGCGGGAAAAAUUUCCUUUUGUUUUUCUCUUUUUGAUUCCACCCAAUUUUGUAUUUCUCUUUUUCUUGUAUGAUUCAUUCUUGCUUUCUUUUCUUUUUUCCUCCUCCUCCUCUUUUUUUUUUAUCUUAAUCUUUGUCUAUUAUUCUUUUUCUCCCGUUUCUCAUUUACUCUUUUUCUCAUACAAUUCUCUGUUCUUUUUAUUUUCUUUCUAUUCAUUCUCUUUUUCUUUCCCUGUUUUUUUUUUUGUGGCUUAUGUCGUUGAGUUUGACUUUUCUGUCCAUCAUUUAUUAUUUUAUCUUACCUGA